CUUUUAUUCACGUUUUUUCUCAUUUUCAAAAUCUCUUCUCUCUCUCUCUUUCUCUUCAAUGGAGAAAAUGGAUACUAUCAAUUUAUUCAAAACAGAGGAACUAGAAAAAGAAGCUAUUAUUAUUAUUAUUUCCAACGAUAACGAAAAAGGAAAUUGUAUUGAAAAUGGAAAAUCCAAUUCCAUUGAUACUAAAAAUAUUUCGAAUUCCGUUAUUCACGGCGAAGAAGAAGGAAUUGAAGAUAUAAAUUCAGCUGAUUCUAACGGCGAAAUUAUUGAUUCAUCAGUUAAACAAAACGCCAACGUAUUAGAUGUAAUCAAGCCAAAUAAUUUGCUACCGCAACCGGAGGUACCAGCCGGAGAGCACAACGGCGUAGAAGGAGCAGAAGAUAUAAUAAAUUCAGCUGAUUCUAACGGCAAAAUCAUUGAUUCAUCAGUUAACAAAAACGGCAACGUAUUAGGUGUAAUUAAGCCGCAUAACUUGUUACCUCAACCGGAGCCACCUGCCGGAUUAGCAGUUAUCGUUUGUCCAGGUGAUUUGAGCAGGUCUCAAUCCAUGCCGGAUAGUUUUGAAAUGCCGGCGAUCGGAAAAUUCUUUCGUGAGAAGAGUAACAGCUUAUCGUCGGCUAUAACAAAGCGGUUAUCGUCGAUGAGAGAUCAGUUCGACGACGAGAAACAACAGAAAGUGAUGAUGAAAGCGGAAUCGAAGGAAGUGACAGAGUUUAAUCUCUCAGGACUAAAAGUGAUCGUGAACUUAAAAAGUCCGGGGGAAAAUAAAGGGAAUAAGAAGUUGUUGGGAAGAGUGAGUUUCUUCUCGAGAUCCAAUUGCAGGGAUUGCACCGCUGUGAGAUCGUUUCUACGAAAGGAAAACCUGAACUACGUAGAAAUUAACAUCGACGUAUAUCCUGAAAGAGAAAAGGAAUUAAUUGAAAGGACCGGAAGUGCAAAUGUGCCACAAAUAUUUCUAAACGAGAAGUUAUUAGGCGGAUUAGUGGCAUUAAACUCACUACGUAAUAGCGAUAUGUUGGAGAAGAAAUUAGUCGAAAUGUUGUCUGGAAAAUGCCCGGAAGAUGCACCGGCGCCACCGGUUUACGGUUUUGAUGAUGAUUAUGAGGAGAGGAGUGAUGUGAUGGUGGAUAUUGUGAGAGUAUUGAGGCAAAAGUUGCCAAUACAAGAUAGAAUUAUGAGGAUGAAGAUAGUGAAGAAUUGCUUUUCUGGUGGUGAGCUUGUGGAGGCUUUGAUUCAUCACUUGGAUUGUGGUAGAAAAAAGGCUGUGGCAAUCGGGAAGAACCUGGCGAGAACGCAUUUUAUUCACCACGUCUUCGGAGAAAAUGAAUUUGAAGAUGGAAAACACUUCUAUAGAUUCCUUGAACAUGAGCCUUUCAUUCCCAAAUGCUAUAAUUUUCGAGGGUCCACAAAUGACAAUGAACCCAAGGAUGCUGCUGUGUUAGGCCAAAGGCUUGGCAAACUAAUGUCUGCCUUACUUGAGUCUUACGCCUCUGAUGAUCGGUAUCAUCUUGAUUAUUUAGGCAUCAGCAACAGUGAAGAAUUUCGGAGAUAUACAAAUUUGGUUCAGGAUCUGCACAGGGUGAACCUCCAAACGCUUUCAGCAGAGGAGAAGCUAGCCUUCUUUCUGAAUUUGCAUAAUGCUAUGGCCAUUCAUGCCGUGAUCAGAGUUGGUCAUCCUGGGGGCAUGAUUGAUAGGAGAGCGUUUUUCUCUGAGUUCCAGUACAUAGUAGGUGGUUAUUCCUAUUCCCUAUCAGGGCUAAAAGAUGGCAUACUUAGAAGCAACCGAAGAGCUCCUUUUUCGCUGAUGAGACCAUUCCCUAGUGGAGACAGGCGCCUGGAGAUGGCUUAUCUGAAAGUUAAUCCGUUAAUCCAUUUUGGACUGUGCAAUGCAACAAGAUCAAGUCCAGCAGUAAGAUUCUUCACACCUCAAAGCAUCGAGUCUGAACUAAGAUAUGCUGCAAGAGAGUAUUUCCAGAGGGAUGAUGCAAUGCAAGUGGAUUUGGCCAAGAGAACUGUCUACCUUAAUCGAAUGAUUAAGUGGUACAAUGCUGAUUUUGGACACGAAAAGGAAAUACUAAAGUGGAUUACCGGUUACUUAGAUGCAACUAAAGCAGGUCUUUUGACACAUCUUAUGGGUGAUGGUGGUCCUGUUAAUGUUGUUUAUUCAAGUUUUGAUUGGUCUCUAAAUGCUUGACCAAACUUUUUGCAAUUGCUAUAUGGAACUCUAGGGGUAGCACUUCAUUUUCUUUGUUCUUAUAACCCCCCCCCCCCCCC